CUGCAGCACSAGGGACCGGGGUGAUGAAGGUCCAYUGCGUUCUCCUCCUCCUCAUCUGCACAGCUGRGCUGGCCCUGUGCUAUGAAGAUGAGUCUCGCCUUGUGGAGCACUUGUUCCAGAACUACAACAAGGUGGUGCGGCCCGUGGAGGACCAUCGSGAUGCCGUCGUUGUCACCGUGGGGCUGCAGCUCAUCCAGCUCAUUAGUGUGGAUGAAGUAAAUCAGAUUGUGACAACCAACGUACGCCUGAAACAGCAAUGGACAGACGUCAACCUCAGAUGGAAUCCAGAUGACUAUGGUGGCGUUAAAAAAAUCCGCAUCCCCUCAGAUGAUAUCUGGCGGCCAGACCUUGUUCUUUACAACAAUGCAGAUGGUGAUUUUGCCAUUGUAAAAUACACCAAAGUCCUUCUGGAGCACACAGGUCUGAUCACCUGGACACCACCAGCUAUUUUUAAGAGUUACUGUGAAAUUAUAGUCACGCACUUCCCGUUUGACCAGCAGAACUGCAGUAUGAAGUUGGGAACUUGGACAUAUGAUGGUACAGUGGUUGUUAUUAACCCGGAGAGUGAUCGUCCAGAUCUAAGUAACUUUAUGGAGAGUGGCGAGUGGGUGAUGAAGGAUUACCGUGGCUGGAAGCACUGGGUUUACUACGCCUGCUGCCCUGACACCCCUUACCUGGACAUCACCUACCAUUUCCUCAUGCAACGCCUGCCUCUCUACUUCAUYGUGAACGUCAUCAUCCCCUGCCUGCUCUUCUCCUUUUUAACAGGCUUAGUUUUUUACCUACCCACAGAUUCRGGUGAGAAAAUGACUCUCAGCAUCUCUGUUCUGCUGUCUUUGACUGUGUUCCUGCUGGUCAUUGUGGAGCUGAUUCCCUCCACAUCCAGCGCAGUGCCUCUGAUUGGCAAGUACAUGCUGUUCACCAUGGUGUUUGUCAUCGCUUCCAUCAUCAUCACGGUCAUCGUCAUCAACACCCACCACCGCUCCCCGAGCACUCACACCAUGCCCCACUGGGUCAGGAAGAUCUUCAUUGACACAAUCCCAAACGUCAUGUUUUUCUCUACAAUGAAACGACCAUCAAGAGACAAACAAGACAAAAAUAUUUUUGCAGAAGAUAUUGAUAUUUCUGACAUUUCUGGGAAGUCAGGUUCUGUGCCUGUCAACUUCUACUCCCCGCUUACCAAAAAUCCAGAUGUGAAAAAUGCUAUAGAGGGAAUCAAAUACAUUGCAGAAACUAUGAAAUCGGACCAAGAAGCCAGUAAUGCUGCAGAAGAAUGGAAGUUUGUUGCAAUGGUACUUGAUCAUCUUCUCCUUGGCAUAUUUAUGCURGUUUGUUUUAUAGGAACAUUAGCUGUAUUUGCUGGUCGUCUUAUUGAAUUAAAUCAGCAAGGAUAAACGUCAGCUGGAAACUAUUUGCUACCCUGGACAUCUGAAAGCAUCAUAACCAUCAAAAUCUGGCCAGCCUCUGAAAGUUUCACUGACAGGAAUCAGUCACUGCUGGGAAAGAGCAGGGAUAAUAAAAUGUAAGGCUUCAUWCUUAGCAGUACUGAGCUGCUGCUCAGUAGCAUUUAAUUGCCAAAA